UGUGAUAUCUGUCCCUGGUGCAGCAAUAACCGGGCAGAAACGCAAGGUUUUUGCUUUCUCUCACAGUUGGGUUUUUAUUUGCAGGUCACCGAUGGCGGCACCAUCAAGCAGAAGAUCUUCACCUUUGAUGCCAUGUUUUCCACCAAUUUCUCGCACAUGGAGAAUUACAGGAAGAGGGAGGAUCUGGUCUACCAGUCCACGGUGCGCCUCCCCGAGGUUCGCAUUUCGGACAACGGCCCCUACGAGUGUCACGUGGGGAUUUAUGACCGAGCCACGCGGGAGAAAGUGGUCCUGGCAUCCGGUAACAUAUUCCUCAACGUGAUGGCUCCACCGACGUCCAUCUCGGUGAUCGCCGCUGACACGCCAGCACCCUUCAGCCGCUACCAGGCGCAGAACUUCACCUUGGUGUGCGUGGUAUCCGGCGGCAAGCCUGCCCCACUGGUGUACUUCAAGCGCGAUGGGGAGCCCAUCGAGGCCACCCCGCUGCCGGAGCCGCCGGCCGCAGCGGGGAGCUGGGCACCACGCAACCUCCUGCAUCGUGACCUGGAUGACACCAAGGUGCCCAAAUCGCUGGCAGCGGCCGAAGGGGAUGCGGGGGGUGGGCGGCCCCCCAACACUGCUGAGCCCCCCCGGGGGCUGGCGGCCGAGCGGGGCCCCGCCACCGAAGCCAUCCCCGAAACUGUGGUGAGCCGGGAGUUCCCGCGCUGGGUGCACGUGGCGGAGCCCAUCUACUAUUUCCGCCACACUCACGCGCCCGUGAGCGAUGGCACGGUGGAGGCGCGGGCCACCCUCACCUGGACCCUCAACCCCCAAAUCGACAACGAGGCGCUCUUCAGCUGCGAGGUGAAGCACCCGGCACUCUCCAUGCCCAUGCAGUCGGAGGUGACGCUCGUCGCUCCCAAGGGCCCGAAGAUCACCAUGACCCCAACUAGAGCCCGCGUUGGAGACACCGUUCGCAUCUUGGUGCAGGGCUUCCAGAACGAAGUCUUCCCUGAGCCCCUCUUCACAUGGACCCGUGUGGGGAGCCGGCUCCUGGAUGGCAGCACCGAACACGCUGGGAAGGAGCUGGUGCUGGAGCGGGUACCGGCCGAGCUCAACGGUUCCAUGUACCGCUGCACCGCGCAGAACCCCCUGGGCUCCACCGACACCCACACCCGCCUCAUCGUCUUUGAAAACCCAAAUAUCCCCCGUGGAACAGAGGACUCCAACGGUUCAGUUACCGGCCACCGCAGCUUCAGACUAGUUUUGGCACUCACCCUAACAGUGAUCCUGGAGCUAACGUGAAGCUUUGCUCGCCUCUUCCUCCUCCUCUUCCUCUGUACGGCUCCACCUGGCAUUUACACCUCUGUCAAUCAGUUCUCUCUCUCUCUCUCUCCCUCUCUCUCUCCUAUGUUAUUUACAGUCUCAGUCUCUUUCUGUCUGUGUCUUGGCUUUCUCAGACAAUUUAAUUAAAAGGAAAAAAAAAAAUCUGCCCUGGUAGAAGGCUGCGCUGAAUGUUUUGCCUCCUGUGGGUAGAGGCUGGGAACUUGGCAAGCGUCCAGAGACUGCCUGGGGUACCCAGAACCUUACCGUGGGGCACCCAGGACCUCACCUUGGGGCUCCCAGGACCUUGCCUCGGGGCUCCCAGGACCUUGCAUUGGGGUACCCAGGACCACCUUGGGGUACCCAGAACCACCUUGGGGUACCCAGGGACUGUGCAAGGUCUGACUGGUGGGGGGGAACACACAAAGCUUUCUGAUGCUACAAAUGCAAAGGCCCAAUUUCCCUUGGAAAAGCAGCAGGGAACAUCUCUCUCCCGCAUUUAUGCCACCCCCAGUGCACACACAGGCUGGCAGAAAGGAGGGUCCUGAGCCUACGCAUUACCUAUGCACUGAGCUGCUCCAGGUCUCAGCUCCAGGGUGAGUCCCAAAAAGCCAGCCCCGUGCUCCGCACCACCCUCCCAAUACCAAACCAGCACCACGCAGGCGUUCGCUGCCCUGCGUUUUCCUCCGGGAACCAUUAAUCCUAGAGGAUUAGCCAGCAGCCAUGCGGUGCUUCAGCUUUCCAAAGCCCUGUACUAGUGCUAAGCGUUAUUACUAUUAUUACUAUUAUGAUUAAUCAUUAUUAAGCAGAUUCACUUCCUACCACUCACUGUUGCCAGUGAUUUCCAAACCUCCAAGGAGCUGAAUAAACACACAGCGGCUCAGGAGUUUCUUCCGAUGCGCAAAAGCACCCAGCAUUGUAAUUUGGGCUGGAAGCGACACAGGGACAGGCUCACUCCUGAGCCCCCGGCUGGCUGGGAUUUAGAAGGAUUAGUGACUCCACUUCCAUCCCGAAGCAAGGGGAUCCGAGCAUCUGAAUCCUUUUGGGUGAGGAAGGAUGCUGGCUGCCUUGAUCCCCAUCCCUCCAAACCAGCUGUCCCACUGCAACACAGGACUCCCUGCCCCAAAGGCUUUUGCUGCUCCAAACAUGUCCUCUCCCUAGGUGAGAUGGGAGCCUUUAUGUUUUCGGGAAUUCUUCAUUAUUAUUUGCUUUCACCCCCGCACUGUGGACCAGGCAGCAGAGCCCCAGCG